ACGAGACCGGUGCACGUUUAGUCCACAUAGAAGGACCCGAACCGCAAUUCGACGAAUCGGGUAAAUAUAAACCCUAGCAUCCCACUAAACCCUAGCAUCCGUUCAAACUAAUUGAGAAAGAGGGUUGAAAAAUGACACAAAAGGCAGGUCUAUUCAAAGGGCAACAGAAGAAGAAAUCAGUACCUAGUCGUCAUGGAAAAGCCCCUCAAAUUCGCAAAGGGAAAAGAGCUGUGAAGCCGUCAAAGAAUACAAAGCAGAUGGAUGUCGAUCGGGAGUUGACAAAGUUUAUAAAUCACUGCAAUGAAGUAAAAGCAGCUACAUUUGCUACUAAGGAUGGUGGUCAAUUAAAUAUAAUAAAACCACAGCCUGAGUCCUCCAGUGGUGCAAAGAAGUAGUGCAAAGAUGAGUGAUGACUGGCUAAGAGGAAUCAGUUGUAUAAACAAAAAUUUUGUGUCGUCUGUUUGCAAAGGUCUUCUUUUUCACUUUUGUAAGACCUAGUUAUGAUUUUUUCUUUAUAAGGAGCCUCAUUUGAAACGAGUACAAUCUGAAAAAUUUCAUGACAUGUUAUCAUAUUCUGGGUCUUGUUCCACAGGAAAACUGCCAUAUAUUUCCCGGCUCAGUCAUUACAGAAGUUCUCCGUAGUUUGAACUUUGAAGUCUGAUAUUUUCUAUUUCUCUUGGUAA